AGUGUCGAUCCGUUCUUCUGUGAUGACCGAUGUUGAAUGAAUGCGCGAGCACGAAUAGGUGAGCCGUAUAUAAUAGCGAAGACCCAUACGUUCGUAAUCAGUAAAGUGAUACGCAAUGAUGGAGAAUGGAUCGUGCGCUGUUAUCCGGUCUUCCGCAGACACGAUAAAACGGUUCCAAGUUUAUCUAAGAAAACAUGAAAACGAUGACAAGUUGGUGAUUUCGGAGGCCGUGGAGAGGCCAGGUUCGAAGCCCGGCGACAAUUACACAUCGGUGUUGAUCAGAACGAAAGUCGUCGGUACACGCGGAGAUGGAAGUCCGUACGCCAAGACUUUUAUGACGAAGACGAUCGUCCGAGAUAGCAAAAUCUCCACGUUGGUAGAUCUUUCCGAUUUAUUCCGUAUGGAGGCACAUGCUUAUACAAUAGUAUUGCCUGUCCUUAGAUCCUUUGGCCCUCAAUGUAUAUAUGCCGACAAAGAUACUAUAAUAAUGGAGGAUUUAGCUGAAAAGGGAUACGUCAACUGCGAGAGACGCAACUAUAUGGACUUGGAUCAUACUAUUUAUGCCUUAAAGAAACUUGCCAAGUUACACGCGUCGAGUCUAGCUAUAAAGAUCAAUGAUCCGCGGCAGUUUGACACGCUCAACAUGCAUAUCGAAGAAAUAAUUUACAAGAACAAUUCCGAGACAUCGGUAAUGAGGGCGUGCACCGAUAUGUGCGUGAAGUCGAUACUACAAUAUUUAGACAUGGUAAAGACACAAACGCCGGAGUUGCAAACCAUUAAACAGCACAUUGCCAUCUACGUCGACAAAACGUACGAUGCAAUGCGUCGACUGUUCGUCGCACCGAAGCAAAAAUAUGACACGAUCUGCCACGGUGAUCCGUGGGUCAAUAAUUUGCUCUUCCUACACGACGACGACGGCAGGAUAAUCGAUCUAAAGAUGGUAGAUUACCAGAUAAUCAGGUAUACCUCGUUGUCUACGGACAUCCUUUACUUCAUAUAUAGCAGCGUGCAAUCGUCGUUAAUCGAGAGGAGUUUCGAGAGCCUCAUCAAGAUCUAUCACAACGAGUUUCUCAGUGAACUUCAACGAUCGCGCGUAGACGAGAAGAUUCUGACGGAGCUCGGUAUGGAAUGGCUGAAUAAGGAGUUGCGAACUUACGCGUUUUACGGGCUGCUCAUUGGGUGCUUUAUGAUCAAUCCGAUUUUGGCGGAGGAAGAGGACGUUAAGCAAUUUGAAACGGUGGACUUCGGUACGACGAAUCCGUUCUAUCAAGCAGACGCGAAUUCAGCGAUGAGCGAGAAGAAAACCAAUCGCGUCAGGUGCAUCACGUCUCAUUAUUAUAGGAGACUACAUUUGGGUAUUAUUAGUGACGAUAUCGAACCGAUUUCCAUUACGAGACAGGAUUAGCAAUAAGAUCGCUCUUUUUUUUUUAAGUUUGCCCUUUUGUGAGUAAAUACCUUUACACUGUUAA